CGAAUUUGGUGGCUAUUAUUUGAUUCACACACCGCUUCAGUACAACCCUCCUUAUGUGUACAUACCGACUGAGGGACUGGUGACACUGGCCUUUGAAAUAUUCGGGAACCUGUCCUUCGCCAACCCUUACAUGGAGACCAUUAAAAGUUACCGCUCUGACUGGCGAUAUGGCGACUGCUCUAUCAAAAACUACACCCGGUGGUGGGACUAUCGAAAGGACAUCCACGAUAAAGGCUCUUUUUCGAGAGUUUACAUCUUCAACAGCCUUCUGCCGAGCAGCAGCUUUGACAACGGUCUGACUGACAUCAUAGAGACCUACUACCAGAAGGCAUAUGAUAGCAAGUAUUUCAUUGGGUGUACCGGUGUUCUGAUAGGAGGGAAAGCCACGGAGUAUUCAUCCGACUCCUCGUCGGUCGGCGAUGCGCUGAGGAACAGUUUUAUGUCUAUGUCUUGCGGACUCCCGUGGCCCGAUUCCUUGGCCUACAUGGACGGAACUUUCAUAGAUUUUAUGCUGCCGUUCCAAAACGAAAUGAUUGCGAAAGGAAACGGGGUUUACUACAACGAACCAUCCUCUCGGCUCAGUAACUGGAGAACUCAGUAUUGGGGGACCAAAUAUUCAAGACUUGAGGGAGUAAAGAAGACAUGGGAUCCGAGCACACGAUUCACGUGUUGCCAUUGCGUUGGCUCAGAUGGCGACGCACACUGUUCUGCAGUGAAAGCCAGCGCAAAGGCGCUCGUUUUGGGUUUCCUGCUGGUGCUGACAUCUAUAUUUACACAAUAAGUGGACUGAUGCCGUUUUGAAAAAGUCCUAUGAAAUUGAUGAUACACUUGAAAACAUACAUAAACGUACAUAUACAUGCAUGAUCGCGUACACUUAUUGUAAAUGCA